AGCAGAGAAGUGGAUCGAAGAAAAACCAAAGUAGUGUAAAGAAAAAGAUGGCAACCGCUGCUGUUGCUGCUGCUGGAAUUUUCAUCUGAUCGGAAAAGUGAAAAAAUCUUUAGUUUAAAGUGAGCAAAUUGCGGCGGAAAAAGUGCAGACCAGUGGAUUUUACCCUCACCGAUGGGAAUUCGAUUCGAACAAGAGUUUCAACGGCCAGUAGAAAAAUAGUACAAACCAUGUCCUCCUCGGAGCAACAUCAUCCGCUGGCACCGAUCCAAUCGUCCUCGCUAGUAAUCCCAUCGCAGCAGUUCGGUGCCCUGCAGACGGUGACCAUGAUGGACAACAGUGCCCUCCUAUCGCUGAAAUCGGCUACGAUCUCCACCGCCAACGGUCCAGCGCCCUAUGCGAACGGCGAAUCUACCGCUAUCGUCGGAGACAAAUAUCACUACCAACUGCCACUGGAGAAAGCAGCACACGCCGCCAAACAGCAAAUGAUCCUGCAGGAGUUCCUUAACAGUCAGCAGGCGUCCUUCGCGCAUCAUCGUCUUCUGCCACCCCCCUCGAACGGCAGUUCCUGCAUGACGAUACUGAGCAGCCACCCGACUGCUCCCGGCGUGCUCAACCACUUUCGUGAGCCACAGCAACUGAUCGGAACCGAACUCGGUGGUGAUGUGCCUGGUCUCUGCACCGACAUCGAACCGGAUUCAACGACGUCCUCGCUGGGGCAACUUCCGGUGACGCCGGAGAAGAACAGCACAAAGUUCAAACUACAGGAGGAUGUCCUGGUGGAGCACAAAGACGGCCGGUUCUAUCUGGGAACGGUAAUAGCCAUCGGCAAUUGCCAGUGCCUGGUGCGGUUCAACGAUAAUACCGAGUGUUGGUCGGAUUUCCGGGAACUGACCAAGCUGAGCGGCGGUGGUGACGCAGACGAUGCGCCGGCUUGCGUUGUUUGCAAACACCAGCAGAGCGGGGACGACAGCGUGGAAGUCUGCGAGAACUGCGGCCGAGGGUAUCACGUCAAGUGCAUGGAUGGGAAUUUCAAACGCAAUGGAUACUGGUUCUGUCGGAUGUGUACGUCGCCAAAUGGUAAACGAAAGGACAUCCGAUAUGUCUGUUCCGGGGUGCUGUCGGAAUCGUUGGACCCCCUGACGGAUAAGGCACAACUUCCGUACGAUAUCGAAUGCUUAACGUGGGACCCACUGCAUCGCACGAAUGUCGAACAAAACUACUGCUACUGCGGCGACGAUGGCGACUGGCUGCGGGAAAUGAUCCAGUGCUGUCGCUGUCAACAGUGGUUCCACGGGCGGUGUAUCCGUAGUCUGCAGUAUCCCAUCUUUCUCGGCGAUCGGUUCUACUUCUUCAUAUGUUCCAUCUGCAACCACGGGCAUGAAUUCGUUCGGCGGUUAGAAGUUAGUUGGCCGGAUCUGAUACACCUGGCGCUGUACAACUUGGUCGCUCGCAACGGGAAGCGUUUCUACGACGUCACGAAGGCAAUCUUCCCGUACGUGGAAGACAACUGGAAGACGCUUCAGUUGUCCCAUCAGAUGAGCAAACUAUCGCCGAACGCACGGAAGGAAAUCAUCACCCAGACGUUGGCCAACGAUCGGGUGCGAUUUAAAUGUGGCAGCGAGGUGCAGAAGGCGGCCACCAUGUGGACUCUGCGGCUCCAUCAACCACCGCAUCCUGCGAACGUACUAAUCCAGCCCGGUCAGAUCAUCACCGAGCACAUUCUGACGCAGAUGUCCACCGAGAAUCGGAUCUAUCGGUUCCUGCCGAGAGUUGCCCUGGAGCGAUCGCUCGUCAACGACGCGCCCAGUCGGGAAAAAAUGACCGGCGUCUGCUACUGCUCCCCGCUGGUAUCGGAGGACGACGCCUCGGACGUGUCGGACGACCCAACCAACCAGGAGGACAUCAGUUCCGAUUACGAAGCAGCGGCAACCGGUGCGGGCAUCGGUGGUGGUGGCGAGCUUGCCAUGGCGACGGCGGCCGUGACGGUGUCCGGCGGCGACAGUGUUGCCAACAGUACAGGGAAACAGUCUAGUUCAAAUUUAAGUGAUUCGCUAUUUAGUUCCAAUGCAAAGGAUGGCUUCCAGCUUUUUGGGACCAGUACGGGGCCGUGCUCGAAACCGCAGAGCGAUGCGGGCAGUGUUGCCAGCGGGAGUAACAACAGGCGGGCGUUCAAGUCACGCUCGAAAAAUACGGAAAGCGAGAAGUCUUUAGAUGUCUACGAUUCGUCGGAUGACGCGUCGAGGAAUACGUUGGAUUUGAUUAUCCCACCGCCGAAGGAUUUCACCGGGAAGAACAAUCCCUUUCAUCAAGCUACGGCUGCGGCUGUUGCCGCUGCUGCUGCAGCAGCAACAGCAGUAUCGACUGGCACCAGUGCUAGCGUUGUUACCGGGACCACGAAAAGCAACGAACUGAAAGACUUGAUGCAGAAGGCUAAUAGUACCAACCACGUUAAUCAUUUAAGUAGCAACCUAGUGAACGGUGAACUGCGGGUGGCGCGGAUCGUCAAGCGGAGACUGAGCGCUCGAGAUAUACUGAAUGGCUCCAAAAGCAAGCGGCGAAAGUUCCUCAAAAGUUCGGUUAUUGGUACCACAAUAACGGCAGUUCCUGCUCCUACCAGCUCCCUCACUGUACCGGGCCAAACAUCCAGCCUGAUAGCGUCACUGUUCAGCCAACCCGUGGACAGUAAUGGCUGGACCAGUCAAAUUCCCCUCAGCCACCUGCUACCGUCGUCAUCCUCAUCGGGAAGUAGCACCCCGGCCAACUGUUCCUAUUUGAGUGCUGCUCAAGUCCUGCCGGCGGCAUCCUCAUCCGCAUCCACCUCUUCCGCGGUAGCCAUUCUGGCACCUCAGGGACCACCACCGCCGCCACCGAAACGAAACUUUGCCCACGGUCGACGGCUACGCCAGCGGCAGGAACGGAACUAUGACGAAACAAGUCGACGGUCCAAUAUGGUUGUCAGCCUGCCGGGUUCGCCGAUUAAAAAUGGAAUCCCGGGUGCUAUCAGCGGUGGUGGUGGUGGUGGCGAGAAUCCUCCAGCCGCGGGAACUGAUCUCCAAUCGUCGCUCAAUUUAUACUUUGGCGCAACUCAUCGUAUUCUCAGCGGAGAGAGGUUCGUCGUCAAGGGUCGACGAACCUCGAUCUCCGGUAAGGUACAGUAUUUGAUCGAAUGGGAAGGCUGUCCGGCGACGCAGGUUAUGUAAGUAGUAGAUGUACUUCGUCCUUCUCCUUAUCCUCCCUAUCCUCCUAUUGUUCUCGUGGUGUAUCGUCGAACGUAUUGGUUUGUAUAUGUGUAGUGGCGACCGGAGCAAAAGCAUUCCAUAGGUUUGAGCAAGUGUGGACAGUUGAUGAACUUAAUCUUUGAUUGGAAAUAGAGCGAUGAUCGAACGAUUUACGUUUCAUAGAAAGAGAGAACGAAAUCGGGAAUUUGUUCAAGUUAAAGAUGUCUACGCCUCAUGGCAUAACGCCUGCGCUAAUAAUAAGUACACAGUAAUGUUUUCGCAUUGGUCAAAAUUUUUUAUAUUGAGCUUCUUAAAGAGCUCGAAUUCAUUGGUGUAGCUUGCCAGUAUUGUUCUAAAGUUACUGCCGUUUUCAAAUUAGUCGAUUUUUCAAUGUUUUGGCCUGUGCGAAAAUAUUACUGUGCAAUUCUUUGUUUGCACAGGAGUCUAAAGUGGUGCAAAAUGUAACGUUUUGAAUCACUAUUUCGAAAAUGGUCAUGUAAAUUUAGCGUUAAAUAUUGCAGUGAAAACAAAUUCACCUAUCUACGGAUCGUACUUCAUGAAAAGUUUAACGCAAGUUAAGAUUGCGAAACCUUAGAAAUUCAACCGCUGAUUCUUUCAUCGCUUCAUCAACGUUAGUUACUCACUCAAACCAUCGGAAAUUCCUCACGAAAUGGGACUCAUUUCAACGAAUCAGUACCAUCAGGCAAGAUCGCAGCCGGAACCGGCUCGACGGAACCGCAAAUCAGGAAAGAAACGCAGACUGUUUUUUGUACGGAAUGUAGUAGAAAGUAUUUGUCAUCACAGACACAGUGUUGCCAGUAAAUGGAAACUAAAAGCUAGUUUUGUACGUCAUUUUAAAACAUUUUAUUAAGCCAAGCCAAGAAAGGAAACGAAAGUCAUAACGACAAGUGCAAAAACACACAAAUGCAUACAGAAUAAAAUACACACACACACUCUUGCAUCUUAGAAUUAGAACAAUACAAGCGCGAAUUGAGUAGAUUUUAAACGCUGAUCAAACUGCCAAAAGUUACUAUAAUAAAUGCUGAUAAUCCUAAACAAUCCUGUCAGAAUCAGCAAAUUACUUCGUACAUACAUAACCUUAUAUACAACGUUUCAUUAUUUCAAUGCUUUCGUUACAGUUUUGCACUUUUUUGGUUGUUUAUUAUUAUGUUAUGCACACAUAAACACAAAUACACAAAAAUUCGAAAAUUAACCACAAAUCCGGAAAACGUAAGAAAAGUGAAACCCAACACUGCCUAAUCCGUGUGAUAAAAUGGAGAAUUUGCGAGGAGGAAACAUUAAAUUAAUUAAAGCGAAUUAAACAAAGGAAACAUUUUCGUCAGACACCAGAAAGCGAGAGAGAAUGAAAAGUCUUUUGUUGAUCACCAGCGGAGGAAACAAUUGCUCGAUUUAGUCAAGACCGUCUUUAAACUUAUGUUUUCUUUUUCUUUUUUUUUGAAUCCGCUGGUGAUUACCAUUUCAUUUCAGUUCUAACCUAAAAGUAUGUAAAUAACCAAAUUCGAUCCUAGGAAAAGAAAAAAAAAACAAAAAUCACGUUUCGUGUAAUUUAAACAAAUUUCGAAACCAAUAACUGAUAUAAACUAAAUUAGUUGUUUAAAUUAUUGUCCGCUUUUAUCGAACUGUAGCAAAAGGAAAAAACAAUCGCCGAGAUCUAAGAUUUUUUUUGUUUUUUCGUUGUGUAAAUAUGCGCGCGCGACCGACUGUAGAAAUGUAUAACCUAAAUCUUAUUUUGAAAGAUUCUGUUGAAUACUUUUAUUGUCAAAAGAAGGAAGUUUGUUUGUUAAGUUCAGUUGAAAAGUUUAAGUAGCAAAGAGGACCCGAAACGCGAUGCCGUUUUGGGUUCCUGAAUUAUUAUUUUCGUCACCGUCGUCGUGAACAGGUUCUAACUAGAUGUUUAACAGCAAGAACUAAUUAACCAAUCAAACUAUAACACACAAAAAACUAUGAACGAUUCCUGUGUGCGUGUCGGGGAGGGGUCGGGAAUCGAUAAAAAACCGAAACUACAUUAUAUAGUGUAUGGGUGUAAAUUAUUGAAAUCAAUUCUAGUGUAACACGGGCAUCGUAAGAGAGAGAGAGAGAGAUAGCAAGUGGUUUUGUACCGAUGAUGAUUUGGAAAACACGACUACGGAUCCUUAACAGUA